AUGGCGACGGUGAAGUCCCUGGGGUUGCACCAGCCGUCAGGGCUUCGACAUGCCAUCAAUGAACAAUUAUUACCGCCAAACCCGCCCACGACCUCGUAUACAUGGGACAUCUCAACAGACGAUCGAUUUGAUGGAGAUCUAGAGGAUGAAAUACUCACGACGGAACACUGCGUCAUAUGGUGUCGGGGUGGCAUAUUUCGAAAGACAUUCAGAUUCGAACUCGAAAAGGAACCUGUCAUACAGGCUCUUUUGGCAUAUUUCCCGACUUCCAAGGACGAUAAAUCUACACCAGAUGACGAAGCCAAGCCAGACCAGCGACCGGCCCUGUCAAAGGCCUUGGUAGUGUUCUUGAAGACACAGGCGCACAUAUACUUUCUAUCCGGUACCAGUCAUAUCGUUCACAUGCCGUUCGAGGUCGAAUCCGCUUUCGCAGGUCCUGUCGGAGUUAUCAUCCAGCGCAAGCAGAAGGCCGAGAGUGUAGCGCCUAUCGCCUUCAAGUUUCCUCGAGUGCCGCCAAAUUCUUUCGUCUCUUCGCAGUUGACAGCGUUCAAUAGCUCUCAACAAACGGCCUUCUCUGUGGAAGGUCUUGGAAAACCUAAAGCGCUCCCACUUCGACUGAGCUCAACUCUGGACAACCUUUGGGAAGCGCCACUGGAGCAGCCAGAGUCUCGCUGGCCACGGUUGAUUUCAUUAACGGACCCGUUGCUGGAGCUAGGGCUGGUCGUCACCGAUCAGGAACCCCAAAAUGGCAAAAGCUUAAGACAGACUGCGGCUAAAAAGCGAUCAUUCCUCGAUGCAGCCGAAGAGGUUCUGCAUGUGGAAGAGAUUAAGAUCCCUGGUGCAUUGACGCAAGAUCUUAGCCAGCCCUUGAUCAUUGCAGUGACUAUCAAUCGCGAAACUAGUGAAUACACUGUCUGGCGCCUUACAUAUUUGCAACACGAAGAUCCUUUCCUUGCUCGACAGAAGGAUGCUAAAUCAAAGACUGCUCGGCGUCGUAGCUCUAUGCCUCCCGCCUUUGCCAGCGCUCCUGGGACACCUGUACAGCCCAAUCUCCGGGAGAGCUUUGGGGCUCCGCUUCCAGGAAAACGGCAGAGGAAGAGUGAAAGGCUUGAGAAACCCAUGAUAGACCUUGUAUCAUCCUUGGAACAGCAAGACAAAGAAGGUACUGGAGUUGCACGAAGGAGCUCCCGUAGGGUCAGCUCAAUGUUGGCGAGAGCUGACUUGUCCGCAUCUCAUGAAAGAGCCAUAAUGCCAGAUCAGCCACUACUUUCCAGCCAUGCUGGGGCCAGAAGGCACGAAUCUCAAGGAAGUCAUGUCCGUCUAAGUGCCAACUAUGCCCAUCAGAUUCAUCCUAGUCUGAGCAGUCUGCUGGCGGCUCCUUUUUACGAGGGCCUUGACGAGGGCUUUCACAACAUGGGGUUAGAGGACCAUGAGUUUGAUGGGUUACAACACGAGAUCAUGUUUACCAAACUCCAUAGUGUACCCAUGAACAACUCAAACGUCCGGUAUUCAGACCAACCAGCACGCAUACAGACCAAAGUCUUCAUCUUGGUAGCACCACCGUUUGCCAUUGAUGGCCACGAUCAAAGCCAGCUUCUCAUUGGCAUCCAGGAUGCCACCGAGCGACGACUGCAGCUGCUCACUCUGGAACUUGGCAUCCAGCGUGCGGCCGCAAAGGCCAAGAAUGGGAAAAAGAAGACGCCCGAUGGUGCUACCGUCAUAGCCACUGUUGUUGAUCGGAGACAUGCUCAGAACGUUGUUGAUUCCUGCAAGUUGGUGGAUGGAGACCAUUCAGCAAUCCUAAUCUUGUCUGAGUCGAUGGACGGCCGACACGAACUAAGCACCCAGGCGCCUUGGAGCGUGCUCACGAAAAUAUCGCUUUCGCUUCUCUUCGUCGACAACACUAGAAGCUUGCAGUAUCGCGGCAGGGUUGUGGAUCGUGAUGUUACGCAGCGAAAGUCAGAGGUGAUCGAUUUUAGCAAUGGAAGUAUUGUUGGUGUGCGCCAUCCGCGACAAGGGGGUAUUGUUGAUGUUGUGGAUGCUGAAGGCCGGCUGCAUGAACUCUGCAUACAACUUGAACCGAGGUCGCCUCAUGUUCGCAAAAUCCUUGACGUUUGUCGUAGCAUACUGCCUCAUGCACUGGGCGAACAUGUCUUUGCUGGGUGGCUUCAUUGUAUGCAGUGGAUGGGAGGCCACGAUGAGCCAGUUAUGGACGUUGAAUGGUCCUCCAUGGCUAUUUUGCUUUUGUCUUUGUUCCUGAGUCUUGGGCGAACGGAUUCAAAGCCACUACCAGCGACUCGUGCUAGCCAUCGCAGAAAGAGGCAUGCAUCUGGCUCUUUCAGUUCCAUAAGGCAAUCGGAAAAUUGGAAGUUUUUGGAGACAACCGAAGCCUCCAAUUCUUUAGGAUGUCCAACAUGGAUGAUGAAUGGGGGCUGGGAAUGGGCUUUGGAUAACGAAGUGGAAGAUGCAGCAUCCUUAGCGGACAAUCUGUCGGCGACAUUCAUCUCUAAACAUGUCUCUUUUGCCAAAGAAUACAUGGUUUCUGCGCUUGGCGAAACAGCGUUCGGAUCCGCUGGCUACAUGCCAACAUCUAUCGGCAAAAGCACUGAAAGCCGACGUAAGGUCGGCGUUGAUGUGUUUAUGGGGUUGCACUUACUCCUCGAAGAAGAGAAGCUGGACAUCAUGACGCCAGAAUUCAGAUCUCCCGGUCGUGCUGACCUUCGGGUCAUUAUGUGUCAAAUCGCCCGCUGGCUCAAGUGGCAUGACUUUUCUGCCACCUACGAAGCGGGCGUGCAAGAAGACAUUGACCCACGCCAUGAUUCUGAUCUUAAUCUAAAACCUGCGAUCCCUCAGCCUCCAGUACGACCAGACGUUAUUAUCUGGAUCCAGUCACGACUCACGGGAGAUCAGAGAGUGCCCUAUAUCACCCCAGCAGAUGUUUACUAUGCUGGCUCACAAUUGACUGAAGCAGAGAAAUCGCAGGACAGGCGAUGGGAACAUAUAUUGCCUAGAACCCUUCUGUUCAAGCAGUUCUUCAAAUUCAUGAAGCCAAGCACAAGUGCUGUUCAAAUGGUAGAAGCUAUGCGAGAUGCUGGAAUCACAGCAUUGGUUCUUGAUACACUUCCAGAAGCUGUGCUUGUACCCCUGCGAGAUGCCAUCUCACUCUGCCAACCACAUCCACCAACCUCUUGGUCGAAGGAUCUUCUCGAGUUGGUUGAUCGCCGGGAUAUCAGUCUCAUUCUCACCCCCGGAAAGCGUCCCAAACCCAGUGCUUCCAAGAUUCUGACACCCACACACAGUGCAUCCUGGGACUACAGGAUGCUCUGCCAGAGCGUUGACGAAUCAAAUAACGUCGGCUACGACGAGGGCGAAGGAACUGAACGACAAGCUGUUAUUCGCUCCUUGUUCAAAGAAGACCGCCGCCUAAACGAAGCCCAGGAUUUACUUUCCACAAAUAAAGCAAGACUGGUACGACUUGAUCCCAACCCAAGCUGGCCGGAAAGCGAAUAUCUUGAAAAGCAAAAGGAGCUGGUCACAAGAAUUGCUACUGGUACCCUGGCUAUCCCUGCAGGUCGAGCUUUAUUAUACUAUAGCCUGCGUUAUCCGUUGAUUACGCAAAAGUUUCACAUUGGUGGAUUUAACCUUAACUGUAUUGUGAAGCCAACAAAUACCACAGUUGGUGUGGAUAAAGCACAAUUCUCAGAAGAGAAGGUUUGCUGGGGCUUCUUCCAUCAAGGCGUUGCUGCUGGGUUGGCCAUAUCUCCUCAAGCCCAAGGUAUCGACACUUCCUGGAUUCUCUAUAACAAGCCCGGACAAGACCUCAACAAUCGCCAUGCAGGCUUUUUGCUUGCUCUUGGCCUUAAUGGCCAUUUGAAAGAUGUGGCCAAAUGGGUUGCAUUCAAGUACUUGACACCAAAACAUACCAUGACCUCCAUUGGCCUUCUUCUAGGUCUAGCUGCAUCCUACAUGGGCACGAUGGAUUCGCUAAUUACUCGUUUGCUUUCCGUUCAUGCCACAAGGAUGUUGCCUCGUGGAGCAGCAGAGCUGAACUUGUCGCCUUUGACACAGACUUCGGGCAUAAUGGGCAUCGGACUGCUAUACGCCAACAGCCAGCAUCGGCGAAUGAGUGAGAUUAUGCUUUCUGAAAUAGAGCACAUCGACGAAGAGGAUGAAGAAGAGCCUCUCAGAAGCGAGUGCUACAGACUUGCAGCUGGAUUUGCUCUUGGAUUUAUUAACCUGGGCAAAGGCAAUGAUCUCAAGGGUUUGCAUGACAUGAGACUCACGGAGAAGCUCAUAUCACAUGCUACAACGACCAAAAACAUUGAGAUAGUCCAUAUUUUGGAUCGUGCAGCAGCUGGGGCUGUCAUGGCUUUAGCUCUGAUCUACAUGAAGUCAGAAGACCAAGUUGUGGCACGUAAGAUCGACAUUCCCAACUCCGUGUUGCAGUUCGAUUAUAUCCGCCCUGACAUUCUUCUCCUGCGGACACUUACGAAGAACCUAAUUAUGUGGUCAAAGAUUGAGCCAACGUUUGGUUGGAUAAGGAAAAACCUGCCACGCCCCUAUCGUCCCCAGUUUAAGCUCCAGUCAACAACAAAACUGCAGUCAACUGACAUGGCAUUUCACAGCAUAGUUGCUGGUCUGUGCUUUUCUAUUGCACUUCGCUUCUCCGGCAGUGCUUCGCCUAAAGUUCGAGAUCUUUUGCUGUAUUAUCUGGACCAGUUUAUGCGCAUUGCGCAGAUACCAUCUACUGCAAGCACGCAUCCAAACGGCAACCCCCCUUAUGACGAAGAGCUUACUCGGACCAAUGCUCGUAUGUGUCAAGACGUUGUUGCUCUUUCUGCUUCUAUCGUUAUGGCUGGAACGGGCGACAUCCCGGUUCUGCGUCGUCUCCGUGCACUUCAUGGUCGCGACGAUCCAGAAACCCCUUAUGGUUCUCAUCUUGCCGCGCAUCUUGCCAUCGGCGCUCUGUUCUUGGGAUGCGGAACGGCAACGUUCGGUACUAGUAACCUUGCAAUUGCUUCACUGCUGGUAUCGUUCUACCCCAUUUUCCCUACGAGUGUUAUGGACAACCGUUCCCAUCUUCAGGCCCUUCGCCAUUUCUGGGUUCUGGCCACUGAGCAACGAUGUCUUGUCACCAAGGAUGUUCUCACUGGUCAGCCAAUUUCAGUUCCUGUGCAGAUCAAGAUGCGCAAGAAUACGUCCACUGAGCCAGUCCUAAAUCGUACCGCGCCUUGUAUUCUUCCACCAAUCGAUCAGAUAGCCAGCCUUUCAACCGCGUGUGGACCUCAAUUUUGGAAUGUGGAACUUGAUUUCUCAAAUCCAGAAGUUCGAGCUGCUUUCGGGGACACGCAGAGCCUGUACCUUCGCAGGCGUCCACCACGCGAGGGAGCAUUUGCCUCUACCCUUCGUGCUCUUGGUAGCGACGAGCAGGGCAAAGACCCCCUGGAGUGGGUGUUUGGACUCGACGGCCUUCGCGGUAUUAGCUACGCCGAGCGAGCUGUGGUGCUUGAGCGAGGAGAUGAUACUCAGCACUCGGGAACCGCUGUCGACGCAAGAUUAGAGAUGGCAAAGGGUAUUGUGGACGGUACGGAUCGAGAGCGUCUUGAAGGGGCGAGAUUGCUCUUCGAAUGGGCUUCUGUUCGCGAUCGAUUACGUGAUACCAACAUGUUUGAUAGUCAAGAGACCAUCACGGAGUCUGCAGCACAACGUGAAGUUGAAGGGCCGGAUGAACAAGAUGCUACCGUGGAAGAUGAGGGCGUCUGGUGGAUGCGGGAUAGUGUAGUCGAGAGUCUCAAGGGGAUGGUAUGGCUUGCUAGCCGUGAAGGCGAGUAG